CUUGACCUCGGGCGGUAGGAGUCCUUUCUUUAUCGAUGUCUCCUCCUCGGUCCAGUAAAAUCCAGAAAAAGAGACCGUAAAUUUCGUCUUUUUAACUCUCUCUCUCUCUCUCUCUCUCUCGGUCGCUUUUCUUUCUUCCGCCAAUGCUCUCUUUUUUCUGUCUUUUUCAAUCUCUUUAUUUUCUCAUGGGUCUCGCGUUGAAGAACCGACACUUGUUCGAAUUCGAAUCCAUUACGUUUCUUUCUCACACCUCCCUUCCUUCUUCUGUAGGGUUAUGGAUUGAGAAACCUCUCCAAGAUCCCAUCUUCGCGUGAUUUCCAUAAAUUACAUGGAUUUUUGUAUAUUCUUUUAGCCGUGGUUCGGAAAAAUAGGGCAGAAGCUUCCGGAAAUUUUACUAUUUCGAUCGGUUCGGCGAGGAGUGUUUCUAAUGCAUCAUUUCUGGUUUGUUGGGAGCUACAUUGUAGCAUCCAAAAAAGGAAGUGUUUUUUUUGUUGAAUCUUCUGCUGCUUCCGAGAGAUUGGGUUUUGAUCAUUCCUGGAAUCCAUUCUGGUAAAUCUUUCCUCUUUGUUUUUUUCUUUCUUCCCACUCCUUCAAGUGUUACCUAAAAAUCUAGGUUUUCGGAUCGUUAAACAAAGCUAAUCCUGAAGGCUUAGAUCGACCCACCAAAGUUUCCGUCUUGAAGUGACUCUGAGUCCUUCCGUGGAUCGGACUUCUUAUUCCCGGUUAGAGUGAAAGAUCCCAUCUUGCGUCCUCCUCCUUGCUAGGCCUUCCAAAGAGCUUGUCGAUCUCGUGUUUCUAGGUGUUUCUUGCAAGAAAAUUUGUCUUUUAUUGUCUCGGUUUGGACUCCCUAAAGAUCACCGCCUGUAGGGCUUUUCAUGCCAGAGAGCAGGCCUUUCCUUGUGAUUUCUCGAAAAAUUAUAAGUCAUUGGCGUCCGGGUUCCCUGACAAAUGGCAACGAAGGCAGAGAAACCCCAUGGAGAUAUAGAAGCUGGGCCGCACCGGCCCGCUGCGGAUGAUGGUGAUGAUAGCCUCUGCUUCUCGGAUGCAGAGGACCAGUCUUGGCAUUCGCCGUAUAAUUCGAACCGUGCUGGUUCGGCCUUCGAUGAGUACCGCUUCUCGGGUUCUUCCCAUCACGAGAUAGAUGGAGUUCCAGAGUCAUGCAGGAAAUCCUGCGCCUCGGACUGUUCGGGGGAGACCGACUUGGAGAGCGGAAUUCCAGAGAUUAAAGCGAACAAGGAUAAAGUCGAGAAGGAUUGCAGGAUUUGUCAUCUCAGCUUGGAGGCCGCUGCUCCUGAGUCGGGCAUCCCGAUUGUACUGGGUUGUUCUUGCAAGGGUGAUUUGGCUGCUGCCCACAAGCAAUGUGCCGAGACAUGGUUUAAAAUCAAAGGGAACAAGAUCUGUGAGAUUUGUGGCUCAGCAGCACGGAACGUGGUUGGCACAGGCGAGACUGAGUUCAUUGAGCAGUGGAAUGAAACAAGCAAUACUGCAGCACCACCUGCACAGCCAUCUGAAACCCGGAGCUUUUGGCAGGGGCACCGGUUCCUCAAUUUCUUGCUUGCCUGCAUGGUGUUUGCGUUUGUCAUCUCCUGGCUCUUUCACUUCAAUGUUCCUGGCUGAUACCAGUAAAAAUUGCCAGGUUCCCAUAUUAUCAUGACGUAUUCAUCUCUAUUGCUGGUAGGAACCCAUUGGCCAGAACCAUUACAAAGAAACCCGAGAAGAUUAGGUGGAAUUGCCAGGAGGCAAAGCUCUGUUAUGAAUCUGUUGCUAGUGAAGACGGGGGCAGGUGGAAGAACAAGAUGGCUCCUAUUAGGAGUCGAAACAUAUGCCCGUUUAUUGUGAAUAGAGAAAAUGAUCAUGCUGCAGAUUUAGUUCUGCCUAUAAGCUUCCAGGAGUCAGAUCUUUGAUGCUGCUGAGCGUUCCACUGCCGUGUUGAUGUGUGUCGUAUUCUUCCAAUUAUGUCAUAUUUUCCUUGUUUCUCAUCUAGGCUUCUGAUGCAUUCCGAGCUUGAAUGUCCUCUCAGUUGCCUGAUUCCAAGCAUUGGAAAAUUCUGUGUAGUACCUGGUUAUAAUCAAACUGGAUGUUUUCAAACUGGUGGCUUUGAUCUAUCAAAUAUGUCAUUCAUGAGAGA